AUGAGGCUUGAACUAGCACUACUACUUGCCCUAUUUGCCGUUACAUCCGCCGACUUCUUGGAGCCAAAUGAGUUAGACCUUAUGGAUGAUGAACUCCAGGCCAGCCGCGAACGACGCUCACUAGCCUCAGGGCGGUGGGGCUUGAGACCCGGCAAGAGAUCGUUAGCGUCUGGCAGAUGGGGCUUGCGACCAGGAAAACGGUCGAUUUCUUCAAAUUAUGACGACAACUUGAGCUACGAUUACGAUAACAAAGGUCAGUUUUUUAAGACUCUACCUUACUCUACGCUGCCCUACUCUACCCUACCCUACCCUACCCUACCCUACCCUACCCUACCCUACCCUACCCUACCCUACCCUACCCUAUUCUACCCUACCCUACCCUAUUCUACCCUACCCUACCUUACCCUACCCUACCCUACCCUACCCUACCCCUACCCUACCCUACCCUACCCUACCCUAUUCUACCCUACCCUACCCUACCCUACCCUAUUCUACCCUACCCUACCCUACCCUACCCUACCCUACCCUACCCUACCCUACCCUACCCUACCCUACCCUACCCUACCCUACCCUACCCUACCCUACCCUACCCUACCUUACCCUACCCUACCCUACUCUGCCGUACCCUACCGUAUUCUGCUUAGCCCUAUCUAUUUUAUCCUACCGUACUCUACCGUGCCUUUCCCGUACUUUCCUGUGCACUACCGUAUCUAACCGUUUUCUACCGUGAGCUACCGUAUCUAGCCGGGCUCUCUCGUAUCUUACCUUGCCCUACCAUACUCUAUCGUAUUGGGCUAUCCUACCGUACCCUACCAAUUCGAUCUUACCGUACCCUACCGUACCUUACCGUACUCUUCUAUACUCAACCGUAUUCUAGCUUACUUUAUUCUACUUUACCCUACCUUGACGUACCCUGUUUCUUCUUGGUUUACAUUGCCUUGCCUUAUCAUACCUUACUGUAUAAACUUUAAUUCAAAAGUUUAAAAUUUAAAAAUUUUCAAUUUCAGAUUUCAACCCAAAAUUCGUAGCCAAAAAAUCCGUAAAUUCAAAUCGACUGGUCGAUUUGAUCGUCGCAGACGAAGACAGUGUUCCAGGCAGAGAACGACGAAACUUGGCGUCCGGUCGUUGGACUUUAAGGCCAGGCAAACGGUCUCUGGCCAAUGGUCGAUGGGGCUUAAGGCCUGGCAAAAGAUCAACCGGCUUCUUUGAGAGCAGACCGGUCGAUUUUCAACCCAACGAUUAUGUUUUGCUCAUUCCUCAGCUGUAA